AUGGCCGACUCUGACGCGCCCAUUGCGCAGAUCGCCUCUGACGGCCAGGGCUCUGCCGGCAGCCCCGAGGAGCUCACGCUCCGUGCUCUUGUCUCGACCAAGGAGGCCGGUAUCAUCAUCGGCAAGGCUGGAUCGACCAUUGCGAGCAUUCGCAACGCCGCCGGCUGCAAGGCUGGUGUCUCCAAGGUUGUUCCCGGUGUUCAGGACCGUGUUCUGAGCGUCAGCGGCGACCCCGAGGCCAUUGCGGCCGCGUACGCCGAGGUUGCGCACCUCCUUCUCGAGACCCCGCUCUCGGACUCGUCGCUUCCUCCUCCCCCCGUUGUCGCCUUUACCUCGAUCCGCCUGCUCAUCUCGCACAACCUCAUGGGCACUGUCAUCGGCCGCGCCGGUGUCAAGAUUAAGCAGAUCCAGGACAUGUCUGGCGCGCGCAUGGUUGCCUCCAAGGAGAUGCUCCCCCAGUCGACCGAGCGUGUUGUCGAGGUCCAGGGUGCCCAGGACGCGAUCAAGACUGCCGUCUUUGAGAUUGCCAAGUGCCUUCUCGAGGACUGGGAGCGCAACGUCGGCACUGUCCAGUACCACCCCGGCGCCGCGGGCGACGCUGGUGUUCUCGCCGGCGGCCUCGGCGCCAACACUGUCACCGGCCCCACCGGUGGCAUCCGCCGCACUUCGAUGAGCGGCUUUGGCGCUCCCCCCGCUGGCUUUGGCCCCGACCGCCGUGUCUCGCGCGGCUCCAUGUCGGCCGGCGCCGGCGAGCGUCGUCCCUCCGAGUCGCAGCCCGUCGUCAACGACCCCAACCUCCGCACCCAGAACAUCUCCAUCCCCAGCGACAUGGUUGGCUGCAUCAUCGGCCGUGGCGGCUCCAAGAUUACCGAGAUUCGUCGCCUUUCGGGCUCGCGCAUCUCGAUUGCCAAGGUCCCCCACGACGAGACUGGCGAGCGCAUGUUCACCAUCGUCGGCACGGCCGAGUCGACCGAGCGUGCCCUUAUGCUUCUCUACUCGCAGCUCGAGUCGGAGAAGGAGCGCCGUGUCAACCAGACGAUGGACGCCACCGAGGCGUAG